CCGGGCGAUAAUUUACUGGCCAAUUUUAACUCGACCAUCCGACAGACGCAACGAUAUCGAACACGGCCACCGAUAUAUUUAUCGGGUCGGUUUUUGUGUAAAACUAUUCAUUUAAGGCAAUGUAUUUGUUAGGCAAACCGAUACCGAUACCGAUAACGACACCGAUAAUAUCGGUGUGUGUGAAACCGCGCUUACAGCUCGCCGUUCGGCCCGAUCCAGGCUCUGUCGGUUUUUCAGCGCAACAUCAAAGGAAUGGCUCGCGACGAAGUUGCACAUAUUUGGACAGGCAUACCGGUGCUGCAAGCACCAAUGUGUUAUUUUGGAAUGUACUUGGAAGUAGAAUAAUUAUUUUUCUUACUUGUAUAUCUUCCUUUAAAACUUCGAUCAUUGCCUCACAAACUUCUGGAAUGAUGUAGGUGAUCGAUUGCUUUGAAAUUCGAAACAUGUAUUGCAAACUACUGUAUGAAUUACCGGUCUUUCUUGUACUGAAAUGGCAGCACUCCAUUUUGUAUCUUGUCUUCGUAUUUUUGGUCCAAUCAACGUGAGAAGAUAUCCAAAAUCCGUCGGAGACGUCCUCGUAAAAUUUUUGUACUGUCCACUUGUUGAAAUUUUAAAUCCGCUAUCAAAUUGUUGCAGCCGUGUGCUGAUCUAUUGGUAUAUAAUUGCGUUUGCCACCAUCGUCCCGGACGACGCCGUCGCUUGUUUUUAGAUAAUUAGUAGUGAACAUAAAUACAGGCAGCUGCUGCUGCUGCUAUAUCCAUUUACGCUAGUAUUCGUCUUUCUUUGAACGACAAACAUCAAAAUUGGAUCGUCAGUUUGUUGCGCGAUGUGGUUGCAUGACUUCGUUCGGUUUGUGGUGAUGUUCGUUGCAAUGUUGUUUGUCAAAAUGCGCGCGGUGCGGUUCGUAGCGUGGUUCGGUUCGCGCUGUUGUUACAUAUCUGUACAUGGCUUAACAACCUUCCGGCAACACUUUAACAGAAACUGGCGCUUCAUCUUGGAAUGUUGCUUGACACAACUAUUUGACUAUAAAAGUGAGUGGAAGCUUUUAGGCGUUGUAAUUUGAUAUCUAUUACUGGUGUCAGGUCAGCUGUUUGAUGUCAGUGGCGACCAACAAGUUCAGAUAGAUAAGAGGGCCAACCCUAUGUGCUUACAUUGCAUUGUUUGUCGCUAAAAGUGCGUAGUUUCAGUGUAUUCUUUUGAGUCAUUUUUCUUCCAAUGUCUAACAAGGUGACAGCGUUGUAAUUAACAUAAUAAUACUUACCGAUGGAAAUAUCUACCUUUAUUAGGCUCGUGUCGCUCUUUUCAGAUUAUGUAAGAAGUAAUAUGUCUUGAAAUCGUCUAAUACCACAAUUAUCUGCAAACACUCGCAUUUUUUUAAAAUAACACUAAAAAGAGAAAUUGAAUGGCAGAACUGUAAAAAAAUUGACUUACGUCAAGUGCACUUUAAUCAUCAUUACAGAGACAACCAGAUCCUUCUACCUAGUCUGAAUUCGUUGGUUGGUGACGACAGGCAGCAAGAGUGACAUCAUCAUACUUACGCAAAAAACUAGAGUCCUAGCAUUAAGCAGCAUGUCUGUACUUCUCGUGCUACUCCGAUUUCAUUGCUUGUUUUCAGUUUUCGACAUGUAGUACAUAUGUUUAAUAACAAUAACAGUGAAAGGAUUUCAUUUGAAUGUACAUUAUUAAUUACUUUAUUUUUCAGCAUUGAUCGUGUAUUUCUUAUUCAAAUAAUAUAUUUGCAUACUAAUAUGAUUGUAUUAUGUUCAAGGUACGACAAGAAUAGGAAAAGCGAGGAGAAAAAAGGACCAUCAGGCGUGAAAUUAUUGGCUGUAACUCUAAGACAACUCGGUGAUUUGAAACAGUUGCUCAUUUUGCCUAUAACUAUGUUUAUUGGAGCUGAACAAGCUUUCCUUGCCGCAGAUUAUACAGCUGCGUUCGUUUCAUGCAGCUGGUCAGUAUCGAUGGUGGGCUUCGUGAUGGUAGCCUUCGGUGUAUGUGACGCUAUAGCCUCAGCGGUAGCGGGGGGCAUAGCCCGAACGCUGGGCCGCCCACCACUGGUUUGCCUCGCUUUGGUCCUUCAUGCCGCCCUUAUCAUCACCUUGCUUGUUUGGAGACCUACCGCCGAUAAACCGGUGCCGUUCUUCCUCAUUGCUGGCCUUUGGGGUGUGUGCGAUGCUAUGUGGCUCGUGCAGAUCAAUUCUCUGAGCGGUACAAUGUUUCCUGGCAAAGAAGAAGCAGCUUACAGCAACUUCCGACUCUGGGAAUCGACGGGAUCCGUGCUGACAUACGCGAUCAGUCCAUACCUGUGUACGGAGUCGAUCAUCUAUUGGUUGUUGGUCCUGCUGGUUGUAGGAUGCACGGGAUAUGCAGCUGUGGAAUGGAUGGAGAGGGACCUUUGGUAUCCAGGCAGAGAGAGAAGGAAAGUCCAGAUUGUCAGCAAAACGCAAAGGGCGGCUCAUGUAGAGAGCAGCGUUGAUUAGUGACUAAUUAAAGUAUUUUAUUUUGUUUGUCUGGAC